AUGGCCGUCCCCAGCUCGCCGUCCCUUCUCCUCGUCGCGGCGAUGGUCCUCUGCGCCGCGACGACGCCGGGCGCCGCCCAGGCCGUCACGACGAGGAAGUACCACUUCGAUGUGGGAAUGACGAGCGUGACGCGGCUGUGCGGCACCAAGAGCAUCGCGACGGUGAACGGGCAGUUCCCGGGGCCGACGCUGUUCGCGCGGGAGGGCGACCACGUGGAGGUCAACGUGGUCAACAACUCGCCCUACAACAUGAGCAUCCACUGGCACGGCGUGCGGCAGCUGCUCAGCGGCUGGUACGACGGGCCCUCCUACGUCACGCAGUGCCCGAUCCAGCCGGGCCAGAGCUACGUCUACCGCUUCCAGAUCGUCGGGCAGCGGGGCACGCUCUGGUGGCACGCGCACAUCUCCUGGCUCCGCGCCACCGUGCACGGGCCCAUCGUCAUCCUCCCGCCCGCCGGCGUGCCCUACCCGUUCCCGGCGCCGGAGGCCGAGGUGCCCCUCAUGUUCGGCGAGUGGUGGCGGAACGACACCGAGGCCGUCAUCGCCCAGGCGCUGCGGACCGGCGGCGGGCCUAACGUGUCCGACGCCUAUACUAUGAAUGGACUCCCCGGCCCGCUCUACGCCUGCUCGGCCAAGGACACGUUUAGGUUGAAGGUGAAGCCUGGCAAGACGUACAUGCUCCGGCUCAUCAACGCCGCGCUCAACGACGAGCUCUUCUUCGCGGUGGCAAACCACACGCUCACCGUCGUCGACGUCGACGCGCUCUACGUCAAGCCCUUCGCCGUCGAGACCCUCAUCAUCGCGCCCGGCCAGACCAGCAACGUGCUCCUCACCGCCAAGCCGGCCUACCCCGGCGCCAGGUACUACAUGCUGGCCCGCCCCUACACCAACACGCAGGGCACCUUCGACAACACCACCGUCGCCGGCAUCCUCGAGUACGAGCAUGAUGACCCCGCCACCGACAACACCACCGUCGCCGGCAUCCUCGAGUACGAGCAUGAUGACCCCGCCACCGGCAAGAGCCUGCCCAUCUACAGGCCGACCCUGCCGCAGAUCAACGACACCAGCGCCGUGUCCAACUACACCGCCAAGCUGCGCAGCCUGGCGAGCGCCGCGUACCCGGCGGCCGUGCCGCAGGCGGUGGACCGGGAGUUCCUCUUCACCGUCGGCCUCGGCACCCACCCGUGCGCGCCGGGCUCCCCCGUGAACGGGAGCACGUGCCAGGGCCCCAACGGGACGGCCCGGUUCGCGGCGUCCAUCAACAACGUCUCCUUCGUGCUCCCGACCACGGCGCUGCUGCAGUCGCACUACACCGGGAUGUCCAAGGGCGUGUACGCCUCCGACUUCCCCUUCGCGCCGCCGCGCCCGUUCAACUACACGGGCACGCCGCCCAACAACACGAACGUGAUGACCGGGACCAAGGCGCUGGUGCUGCCGUUCGGCACCGCCGUGGAGCUGGUGAUGCAGGACACCAGCAUCCUCGGCGCCGAGAGCCACCCGCUGCACCUGCACGGCUUCAACUUCUUCGUCGUCGGCCAGGGCUUCGGCAACUACGACCCGGCCAAGGACCCCGCCAAGUUCAACCUCGUCGACCCCGUCGAGCGCAACACCGUCGGCGUCCCCGCCGGCGGCUGGGUCGCCAUCCGCUUUCGCGCCGACAACCCAGGUGUAUGGUUCAUGCAUUGCCAUUUGGAGGUGCACAUGAGCUGGGGGCUGAAGAUGGCGUGGCUGGUGCUGGACGGAAACCUUCCGAACCAGAAGCUCCCGCCGCCGCCGGCGGAUCUCCCGAAAUGCUAG